CCCCAGAAAUAAACCUCCACACAGCUCCCCUCCCCCAACUCUCGCACUCUCCCCCGAACCCUAGCCCACCUCCGCCGGCGAAUCCCGCCAUGUCGCCGCCCGAGAACGCCAACGGCGGGACCUCCGCCGCCGCGCCCUCCGACCCCGCCCCGCCCGCCAAGCCUUCCGCCAAGGGGAAGAAGAAGGACGACAAGAAGGACGACGAUCUGUCGGAGGAGGACCAGGCGCUCAAGGAGCAGCUCGAGCUCUACGUGGUGCGCGCGCAGGACACGGAUCCCGGCGUCCAGAAGCUCGCCCUCGAGAGCAUGAGGCAGGAGAUCCGUUCAGCGACAAGCUCCAUGACGUCCGUUCCCAAGCCACUCAAAUUCCUCCGCCCACACUACGGAACCCUCAAAUCCUACUUCGAUGUUAUGCCAGAGUCUGAACUUAAGAAGUACAUGGCUGACAUACUGUCAGUGUUGGCCUUGACAAUGUCUGUUGAAGGAGAAAGGGAGAGCCUGAGGUACCGUUUGUUGGGCUCUGAAGGUGACAUUGGUUCCUGGGGUCAUGAAUAUGUCAGGAACCUUGCUGGGGAAAUUGCUCAGGAAUUCCAGAAGCGCCAGGGUGAGGACAUGCCUAUUGAUGCCCUAAUGGAACUAGUGCAGCAAAUUGUCUCUUUCCACAUGAAGCACAAUGCUGAGCCUGAAGCUGUAGAUCUUCUGAUGGAGGUUGAAGACCUUGAUUUGCUAGUUGAGCAUGUUGACUCUACAAACUAUAAAAGGGCUUGCUUGUAUCUUACUAGUAUGUCUAGAUUCCACCCUGCCCCUGAUGAUAUGUUGGCACUUGAUAUAGCAUAUACCAUCUACAUGAAGUUUGAAGACCUUGCAAAUGCUUUGCGCAUAGCCCUGCUUCUUGACAGCAAGUCCAUACAGUAUGUGAAGCAGGUCUACACAGCAACUGAUGAUCUUACACUCAAGAAGCAAUUCUCAUACAUCAUUGCACGCCAUGGUUUAGCCUUGGAGAUUGAUGAUGAGAUAGCUGCGGAUGAAAAUGACAAGGAAAUGUUGCAAGAAAUAGUUAAUAACACUAAGCUGAGUGAGGGUUACCUCACUCUUGCUCGUGAUAUUGAAGUUAUGGAGGCAAAAUCUCCGGAGGAUAUAUAUAAGGUCCAUUUGAUUGAUGGCCGUGGUGCCAGCUCCAGUCUUGAUUCUGCAAGACAGAAUUUGGCUGCAACAUUUGUUAAUGCAUUUGUUAAUGCUGGAUUUGGCCAGGACAAGCUGAUGACUGCUCCAUCUGAUUCUUCCAGUAGCGGGUCGUCUGGAAACUGGUUAUUUAAAAAUAAGGAACAUGGAAAAGCCAGUGCAGCGGCUAGCCUGGGAAUGAUUCUCCUGUGGGAUACUGAUUCUGGGCUUGCUCAGCUCGACAAGUACUUGCAUAGUAAUGAUACUCAUGUUGUUGCUGGAGCUUUGCUUGGUAUUGGCGUUGUCACCUGCGGUGUGAAGAAUGAUUGCGACCCUGCAAUGGCUAUUCUCAUGGAGUAUGUUAACAAGGAUGACUCCAACAUACGGAUUGGGGCAAUCUUAGGUCUUGGCAUUGCAUAUGCUGGUUCUCAGAAAGAUGAGCUAAGAGUGCAACUAUCGGCUAUAUUGGGAGACCCCCAAGCAACACUUGAGGUCUUGGUCUUCACAGCUGUUGCCUUGGGGUUGGUGUUUGUUGGUUCUUGCAAUGAGGAGAUUGCACAAUCUAUCAUAUUUUUCUUGAUGGAGCGUAGUGAGGCCGAGCUGGCAGAACCGAUUAUACGCCUGCUUCCAGUUGCACUUGGCCUUCUAUAUCUUGGGAAACAGGAAAGUGUCGAGGCUACCGCAGAGGUUGCUAAAACAUUUGAUGAGAAGAUCAGGAAAUACUGUGAUGUAACACUUAUGUCGCUUGCGUAUGCUGGAACAGGGAAUGUGCUUAAGGUUCAAAAACUUCUUGGUAUUUGCUCACAACACCUCGAUAAAGGUGAAACACACCAAGGGCCAGCUGUCCUUGGAAUUGCUCUCAUUGCCAUGUCUGAAGAACUAGGAGCUGAAAUGGCUAUACGGUCACUUGAGCGUCUUCUACAGUAUGGCGAGCAGAAUAUUAGACGAGCAGUUCCUCUUGCUCUUGGUGUACUCUGUAUUUCGAAUCCCAAGGUAAAUGUAAUGGAUACACUGAGCAGAUUGAGUCAUGAUGCAGAUGCUGAUGUUUCGAUGGCUGCGAUCAUCUCACUCGGUUUGAUUGGUGCUGGUACAAACAAUGCCAGAAUAGCUGGUAUGCUUCGUAAUCUUUCAAGUUACUAUUACAAAGAGGCUGCUCAUCUGUUCUGUGUAAGGAUUGCUCAAGGGCUUGUUCACCUUGGCAAGGGUUUGCUGACACUUUCUCCAUACCAUUCUGAUCGGUUCCUUCUUUCACCGAUGGCACUUGGUGGGAUUGUCACUGUUCUGCAUGCGUGCCUUGAUAUGAAGUCCACAAUUCUAGGGAAAUAUCACUACAUUCUUUACAUUAUCGUUUUGGCGAUGCAGCCCAGGAUGCUUUUAACAGUGGACGAAGAUCUGAAGCCUCUUCCUGUUCCGGUGCGGGUUGGGCAAGCAGUUGAUGUGGUCGGCCAGGCAGGAAGACCCAAGACAAUAACUGGCUUCCAGACACAUACCACCCCUGUCUUGCUUGCAGCAGGGGAGCGAGCGGAAUUGGCGACUGACAAGUACAUCCCCCUGACAUCAACAUUGGAGGGUUUUGUAAUUCUGAAGAAGAACCCAGAAUAUCACGAGGAGUGAAGGAAAUACCCUAAACUUUGAUCUAAUGCAAGUUUUUGGUUUCACUAGCAUGGCACUCAGAGGUCUGGUUUGCUUCGUUCCCGAGAUUGCCUUACUAUGCCCUUCCUUCUCUUCCUUGGCACUUACGGGUUGUUCAUCCAGUCUUUAAUUCGUCCACCAGUGCUGAACUUAAUUGUGAAGUGUGUUUGGUUGUGCGAAUGACCAGCAUAUGUAUGGUGUACCCAGACUGGUGGGCACUGGAGGAGUUGAACUGCUGGUUUCUUUGACCUUAAGCAUGUUUGUAUAUGUAUCAAAAGAACUGAACAAUCACAUCUUUAGAACUGAUACAGUGUUAUCAUUACCUGGCAUAGUACGGUUAACUUUUGGCA